GGUUAAUUUUAAUUAUGGCAGCCACGGAGGGCCUCACUGACAGGGUGACCGACGCCAAAGCGCCUGAAGGAGGUGAAUGGGAGCCAUACAAAUAACUGGAGGAAGAGGUCCCUCAACCAAGGCAAGUGAAAAGGCCCUGGGGCAGGAGUAUGUCAGCAGUGUUCAGGGAAUAGCAAACUGUCUAGUGUGGCUUCAGAGGAAAUAAGAAGAUGGCGUAGGAUGGGGUAGGAGAGGAUCUUGUAAGCCAUUAUAAAAGCUUUGGCUUUUCCGCCGGGUGCGGUGGCUCACGCCUGUAAUCCCAGCACUUUGGGAGGCGGAGGCGGGCGGAUCCACGAGGUCAGGAGGUCGAGACCAUCCUGGCUAACACGGUGAAACCCCGUCUCUACUAAAAACACAAAAAAUUAGCCGGGCGUGAUGGCGGACACCUGUAGCCCCAGCAACUCGGGAGGCGGAGGCAGGAGAAUGGGGUGAACCCGGGAGGCGGAGCUUGCAGUAAGCCGAGAUCGCGCCACUGCACUCCAGCCUGGGCGACAGAGCGAGACUCCGUCUCAAAAAAAAAAAAAAAAAAAAGCUUUGGCUUUUCGUCAGAUGUGAAGUUAUUGGAGAUUAUGUGUAAAAUGUCAUAAGAGAGAGUGACAGGCUUGCCCAGAAGAGUGUCUGGGGAAUAAACUUGCAUGGCAAAAUGUUAGUUUUGGCCAGGCGCAGUGGCUCACGCCAGUAAUCCCAGCACUUCGGGAGGCCAAGGCGGGGAGAGUUCGAACUCCUUGAGCUCAGGAGUUUGAGACCAGUCUGAGCAACAUAGUGAGACCACCUCCCCCCACCGCCAUCUCUACAAAAAAUAAAAGAACAAAAUUAGCCGGGCGUGGUGGCGCGCGCCUGUGGUCACUUGGGAGGCUGAGACAGGAAAAUCGCUGGAGCCCGGGAGGUGGAGGUUGCAGUGAGCCGAGAUCGCGCCACUGCACUCCAGCCUGGGCAACAGAGCGAGACCCUGUCUCAAAACAGAAAACAAAACAAAAUGUUAGUUCUUAGAAUCGGAAACCCCUAGUAGAGGCCCAAAGUUGUUUUGCGAAAAGGAGACUGACGAGGAAACCCGGAGGAGUCCGCCCAAAUAGGUGGAGAGAAGAUCCCGCCGCGGGCGCCCCCUGGUGGAUAAAAGGGCCGCGCGGAGGGCCGCUCUGCUCUUGAGACGGACACAAACGGGGCACAAAACACUAUACUGAGACCGUUCUGAGGGACACGCUUCCACCAAAAUCGCCAAGGGCGGACCAGGAUUUUCAAAACGGACGCGCCGGGGGCGGGACCAACCCGAACUGUAAGUCAGCUGGGCAGCCCGGCGCCCGCACGCCGACCGGAAGAAACUGCCCGGAACCGGGGGCGGCGCCGGCGAGAUGACGCAAAAGGGGUCGCGCCGAGGGUGACGCGUGGCGUAGACGACGCCGACGGCCUGCGCCUGUCACCCCCCCCCGGGGUUUGUAGCGGAGGAGGAGCGGGCGCCAUGGCGGUUCUACUGGAGACCACUUUAGGCGACGUCGUCAUCGACUUGUACACCGAGGAACGGCCGCGUGCCUGCUUGAAUUUCUUGAAACUGUGCAAAAUAAAAUAUUACAAUUAUUGCCUUAUUCACAAUGUACAGAGGGAUUUUAUCAUACAAACUGGCGAUCCUACAGGGACUGGCCGUGGAGGAGAGUCUAUCUUUGGCCAACUGUAUGGUGAUCAAGCAAGCUUUUUUGAGGCAGAAAAAGUCCCAAGAAUUAAGCACAAGAAGAAAGGCACAGUGUCCAUGGUGAAUAAUGGCAGUGAUCAACAUGGAUCUCAGUUUCUUAUCACCACAGGAGAAAAUCUAGAUUAUCUUGAUGGUGUCCAUACGGUGUUUGGUGAGGUGACAGAAGGCAUGGACAUAAUUAAGAAAAUUAAUGAGACCUUUGUUGACAAGGACUUUGUACCAUAUCAGGAUAUCAGGAUAAAUCAUACAGUGAUUUUAGAUGAUCCAUUUGAUGACCCUCCUGAUUUAUUAAUCCCUGAUCGAUCACCAGAACCUACAAGGGAACAAUUAGAUAGUGGUCGAAUAGGAGCAGAUGAAGAAAUUGAUGAUUUCAAAGGAAGAUCAGCUGAGGAAGUAGAAGAAAUAAAGGCAGAAAAAGAGGCUAAAACUCAGGCUAUACUUUUGGAGAUGGUGGGAGACCUACCUGAUGCAGAUAUUAAACCUCCAGAAAAUGUACUGUUUGUGUGUAAAUUGAACCCAGUGACCACAGAUGAGGAUCUGGAAAUAAUAUUCUCUAGAUUUGGGCCAAUAAGAAGUUGUGAAGUUAUCCGAGACUGGAAGACAGGAGAGUCCCUCUGUUAUGCUUUUAUUGAAUUUGAAAAGGAAGAAGAUUGUGAGAAAGCAUUCUUCAAAAUGGACAAUGUGCUUAUAGAUGACAGAAGAAUACAUGUGGAUUUUAGCCAGUCGGUUGCAAAGGUUAAAUGGAAAGGAAAAGGUGGCAAAUACACCAAGAGUGAUUUCAAGGAGUAUGAAAAAGAACAGGAUAAACCAUCUAAUUUGGUUCUGAAAGAUAAAGUAAAGCCCAAACAGGAUACAAAAUACGAUCUUAUAUUAGAUGAGCAGGCCGAAGACUCAAAAUCAAGUCACUCACACACAAGUAAAAAACACAAGAAGAAAACCCGUCACUGCUCUGAAGAGAAAGAAGAUGAGGACUACAUGCCAAUCAAAAAUACUAAUCAGGAUAUCUAUAGAGAAAUGGGGUUUGGUCACUAUGAAGAAGAAGAAAGCUGUUGGGAGAAACAAAAGAGUGAAAAGAGAGACCGAACUCAGAACCGAAGUCGUAGCCGAUCUCGAGAGAGGGAUGGCCAUUAUAGUAAUAGUCAUAAAUCAAAAUACCAAACAGAUCUUUAUGAAAGAGAAAGGAGUAAAAAGAGAGACCGAAGCAGAAGUCCAAAGAAGUCCAAAGAUAAAGAAAAAUCUAAGUAUAGAUGAAAGAUGAAGAGGCAGAAUUGAGAGGCUAACAUAUUUACUCUUGUCUAACUUAAGAGUGCCAGGAAAGCAGAUGCUUAGAUUUUGUGUCAAAGCUUGUUAUUUUUUUCGUACUAGGAUUAUGGUCUUUAGAUUAAUACUGAUUAUAUAGAGCACGGAAAGAUAAAGAAUUGAACAUUUUCUUUGUAUACUUUUUUACACUAAUUUUAUUGUUAUACAUAAAUGGUAGUCUUCAUUUUUGAAGUCUUACAUUUUCACUCUUUUUUUAAUGAAGUAUUUCAUACUACAAAAAUACAUAAACUUAUAUAUAAAGGGAUAAUAAAUGUAAAUAUCUGUGUACUCAUCAGCCAGCUUUAGAUACAGAAUGUUGUCGACAUUUUGGAAGUUCCCUAAGGCCUUCUCCCUCUCAAAUAAUUAUUUGGAAUUUUGUGUUUGUCAUUUGCCUAUUAUAGUUUUACAACAUACGUAUGUAUCCGUAAGUGAAAUGUUAAUUUUGUAUGUUUCUGAAUUUUAUAUAAAUGGCAAAAUGUUUACUUCUGUGACUUUCUUUCAUUUUUAUUGCUAUAUAGUAUUAUAUAAAUAUACUACAACUUAUUCAUUCUUGAUGGA